GCAACGCCUGCCAAGGGCUGCACUCUUUCUGAAUAAUAGCCGUUGGGCGUUUCACUCAAUACUUUAAGAAACAUUGCAUCCUCACUGACUCAAAGGACACCCGCAGCUCCAACAACACGAGCCAUCAGAGAACCAGCAAGAUCAUCCAGACAUGUUUGGAAAUAAUAAUGCAGGUAGCUGCCAUCCAUCUGGUUAUGACCUGGGGCCCGUGCCAGGGGCCGACCCAUGCCCAGGGGGCGAUCAGGAGGGCCUCGACUUGAGCUUACUUGAUUUUGGAAACGAUGGAAAAAAAGGCGACCGUCAGUGUGACAACCGUGGGUCUGAAGACGACGCCCGGGACAAAGGCCGUUGCCAUGAUGAUGACCGCCGGGAAAGAGACGGUCACCGCGGCGACAAGGACUGCGAUUCCGGUGAUCGUGACGCCGGCCGUCGCCGCGACGAUGAAUGCCGUGAAAAGGGUGGUCGCCGCGACGACAAGCACUGCGAUUCCGGUGAUCGUGACGGCGGCCGUCGCCGCGACGAUGACUGCCGUGAAAAGGGUGGUCGCCGCGACGACAAGCACUGCGAUUCCGGUGAUCGUGAUGCCGACCGUCGCCGCGACGAUGACUGCCGGGACAAAGAGGAUCGCCAUGGCGAUAGAGGAGGCAGAUGCAGCCCCAAACAGCGUGAUGGGAGCCACGAGCGCCACCGCAAAAACAGCAAGAGUCCGGACCACCGUCGCCGAGGCAGUAAAAGCCCUCGCCGUCGCCGAGGCAGCAACAGCCCUCGCCGUCGCCAUGGUAGCGGCCAUGGUAGCGGCCAUGGUAGCGGCAGCGGCAGCGGCAGCGGCAGUAGUGGCAGUGAGAGCGACGGCAACCACGGGCGCAGACGUAAGCACAAGGGCCACAAGCAUGGGCAUGGGCACGGGCACGGGCACGGGCAUGGGGGUGGUAGGGGAAAGGGCCAUGGUCAUAAGCACUGCUAGAUGUUCCUCAUGAGUCCGAUCUACAGAACGCACAUUUGCACCAAACUAGAUGGUACAUACAUACAGUAAUGGAUGAUUGUAUGCAGAGUAGUUAUGUGGUUAUGUUACACCUUCCUAUUGGAUGAUGUCCUGAGGAAAAUUGUAACUGAAUGACAAUAAUAAUAAAGUCAUAAUCUCACAAUG